AUGGCGCCAGACAGGGGACCCGAGGACGCGGUCGCUUCGCUGGACUUAGCACCACAAGUUAACGGCACCAAAGACGUUACUGACUUGUGCGAUCCUCAACCGAUCCCAGAGACAAUUCCACCUCACCUCUCGCAUGACCCUGCUACGAACGCAAAGCGGACAGAUCCCUUUCAGUUUGGGCAGCGCUAUCUGUCAGAGCAGGACGAUGUUUUCCAGUACAAUGCAUGGGACCAUGUAGUUCCAGACGCGGCUCACUAUGAAUUCUGCGAGGCGCAAUAUGCCGCACAACGUGAAGCCCCCGUCUCUGACUUUGACCGAGCGCGCUUCAACGACAACCCAGAAAAAUGGUGGGAUUUAUUCUACAAGCAGAAGACCAGUACCUUUUUCAAGGAUAGGAAGUGGCUGGCUCAGGAAUUUCCAGUACUCAAAGAAGUUACAAACCCAGACGCAGGGAACAAAGUCGUCCUCGAAGUAGGUGCAGGGGCCGGGAACACUGCGUUUCCUAUCCUGAGGAUGAACGAGAACCCUCGGUUGAAGCUUUUUGCAGUCGAUUUCAGCAAGAAGGCCGUCGAGACAAUGAGGAAUGCGCAAGAUUACGCAGACUCCAACGGGAUCAUGAGGGCUGAGACCUGGGAUGUUGCUGGAGAGACCCUACCCCCGGGUGUUGCAGAAAACAGUGUCGACAUUGUGAUUAUGAUAUUUGUUUUCUCCGCACUCAGUCCGAAACAGUGGCAGCAGGCACUGACCAACAUUCAGCGUGUUCUGAAGCCCGGCGGAGAAGUGCUAUUCAGGGAUUACGGGAGAGGGGAUCUGGCCCAGGUCCGGUUUAAGGCGGGGAGGUGGAUGGAAGAUAACUUCUACGUUCGUGGAGAUGGCACCAGAGUCUACUUCUUUGAGAAAGAGCAACUCGAGGAGAUCUGGGCGAACGGAUUCGACAUCAUGAAUCUGGACGUGGACCGGCGGCUGAUUGUGAACCGGCAGCGGCGCAUCAAGAUGUACCGUUGCUGGAUUCAAGGACGAUUUCAGAAAAAGGCGAUCUCGGACGCAGAUGGAGCAAUCUAG